UUCAGAGUUCAGUCGCGAGCCGGAUUUAGUGUGACACGCACGUGUGUGACAGCGCUCUGACGGGAGUGUUUACGUUCAACAACUCGCGUCACUGUAUACUGUAACUGGUGCAUAUGUGUAGUAAAUAAUGGACACGAAUAAAAAAUCACCUUCGCCUCCGAAGACUAAAGUGAAGAAAGAGAAUGAGGAAGAGAUCAAGGAUUUUGCGGAGACAGCGAUGAAUGAGUUGCUUGGCUGGUAUGGCUAUGAGCGUUUGGAGCUUCGGAGAUGGGCAGCUUCCAGAGCCAGGGACAGUCUUGAACAAGAACAAAAAGGAAAAGCAGAUGAAUGUUCGUGGUGCAACAAGAGUGUCGCCAGUGAGAGUGGCGCCUUACAGCAAGCUGGGGCGUUGUUCUGUUCGGAGCUGUGCUUCAGUCAGUCACGGCGAGCCAACUUCAAACGCGCCAAGACAUGCGAUUGGUGUCGUCACGUGAGACACACCGUCGCCUAUGUGGAUUUCCAGGACGGAGCCACUCAGCUUCAGUUCUGCUCAGACAAAUGUCUGAACCAAUACAAGAUGCACAUCUUCUGUCGCGAGACACAGGCCCACCUCGACCUCAACCCGCACUUAGUGAACGCGGCGUCGUCGUCGAACCUCAUCACGCCAGAACUAUGGCUCAAGAAUUGCAGGAGCAGAUCUAUAUCACCCACAUCAGAAGGAUCUGGAACACCAAAUGACAAAAACGACGACACAAGCCAAAGAAAAUCCCCACUCCCACUCAUAACUAUAGCGCCACCAGCCAAGUUAAUGAAUCCGAAACCACCAGAAGACAGGCCGGUGCAGAAGUCCCCCGAGACCAAGAAGGAUCUGAGAACCAAAAUGAAUUUACGUAAACGUAGAACGUCCAAGUGCUCGACGGUGACGUCACAAACUGUCCGGCAACGAAGUAUAACACCAAAAACCCAAGACUUCAGGAUGCUGAGUCCCUCGAUGGACGGUUCGUCGCCCGCGUCCUGCGUCACGAGCAACAAUCCCGUACACUCUCCACCGCACAUGAACCAACCGAUCCCACCACCGUUUCCGAAUCCCAUGUUCGGGAUGCCGCCGCCGGUCUUCAUGGACAGCAACCACAUGAAUGACCACAGAAAUCCCAUGUUUCAACCGAGAGUGAAUUUCAUGCCACCGCCUGGCAUGCACCAAGAGAGACCGAGAUUAUUCCCACCGUUGAAUUUUCACCAGCCAAUAAACCAGGCUCCGCCAGUGACGGUACUGGUUCCUUACCCCGUCGUCAUACCCGUCCCGAUACCCAUCCCGAUACCUCUACCCCUGAGCUCGUUCAUUCAAGCCCAUUGCACCAACAAAGUCAAAACUGAAGUCAACACCGACGACGCCGAGGGUCCUUUAGACUUCACGAUGAACCCCGCCAAGAAAAACGAAUGCAACCAACCAGAGGUCCACGAAGAGAUCGAUCCUGCGGCCACGGAACAAGCUAGUCAACAAAUAAAUAAUCAUAACGAGAGAGUGGACGACGACUCCCAAAAUAAUACAGAGACCAACCCCGAACAGACGCUGCCGAAGUUCAAGAUAACGCGACUGGGUAACAAGAUGGCGAAAAUCGUUUCAAAAACGAGAGAGAACGCCGAGUCGUCCAGACCUUUGAGGAAAAGACGGAGACUCGUGGAAGUCGCUACCGACGAAGAGACGCUCAUUCCUAAAACAAGGAAAAUUGUACAAGUUUAAUCAUUCGACGUUUAUAUUAGGAUUUAUAUUUAUUCAUAAUACAUAUCACAAAGCAUGAUAAUUCGAACGAGGUUCAUCAAUCUUUCAAAUUGCUAGUCCUAGAUGUAAGCUGCGACUUAUUCUUUUUAAUAUCUUACUGUAAAUGUGAUAUUAUUAUAACAAUAUAUCAUUGCCCAUAAUAAAUCUAUCAAUACGAA